UACCAGCAAAUAGCUCAACUCCCCUUCACCUACCCAGCCACUCUCCUCGCUUUAAAUCAACACACACACAGACCUCACUCGCAUCACAGAACUCAUCGCAAACUCAGUUCGAUCCAUCAAGCAGCUACGUACGUACGACAACACAUCAAUCGAUCGUCAAGGAUGGGCUCCCUCACCGUCUCCUCCACGGCAGCGGCGACCGGCACCGCCAACACGACCAACAAGGACCGCGAGGGCGCGGAGAUCAUCCGGGGCGCGGAAGCGUGCUACGCGCACUCGAAGGAGCUCCUGAAGAGCAUGGGGUUCCCCGGCGGGGUGAUGCCGAUGCGCGGGCUGGAGGAGUGCGGGCUGGUGCGCGCCACGGGGUACGUGUGGAUGCGGCAGGCGAGCGGGAAGCAGUACGAGCACACGUUCCCGGCCACGGGCACCAAGGUGAGGUACGACGCCGAGGUGACCGCGUACGUGGAGCAAGGCAAGAUGAAGCGCAUGACCGGGGUGCGCAGCAAGCAGAUGCUCAUGUGGGUGCCCAUCGUCGAGAUGAGCCUCGACGGGGAACGGAACGACAAGGUGUACUUCAAGUCCGCUGUCGGCAUCGGACGCUCCUUCCCCGCCGCCGCGUUCCCCGACGAGGAUGAGGUCGACGUCGCCGCCGGUGACGUGCCGGUGGCCGGCGACGAGAAGUGAUCUGCAGACGCAUGAUGUGUAGUACGUGAUGCAUCUCACGCGCGGACGUGCGUCUGUGUGUGUGGAAAAAGUGGUAGUAUGCAUGUGUCUUUUUUUCUUUUUAUAUUCUGCGAGCGAUUUGAAUUGUUCUUGUACUGAUUGUUAUUGUGAUCGAAGAUAUUGUUGUUUACCUGAAUAAUCGAAGAAAUGUUUGAAUGUCA